CAUGGCGGGCAGAAAUGUCUCGUAUUUGAAGCCUAAAACACCUUCUUUCAUAGCGCAGUUCAAGGAGAAAGUGGGAUAUAAAGAACCAGAUACAGUUGAAACAAAAUUCGAAAAGCCUAAUUCGUCCAAGUUAGAUGACAGGGAACUUGAAGACGAGAAUCCAACCGUAGUUUUGGGAUCCAAUGUAACCCAGGCCGAAGCAAAUGUUUACCUCUCGCGUUUAAAGGCGGAAGAAGAAGCCGAAAAGACAGAAAAGAAAAUAAAUAUUUGUGAAGGAGACGAUAACAGUAAAGAUGGCGGGAAAAUCGUUUUUAAAAAGCCAGGAAAGAGGAAAUCAAAGGACAGCGAGAGGCAGUCGAAAUACAAAGCAGAUAAUGGAAAGAAAGCAAAACCUAACAGUACUAUGAAAAGUGUGAAAAACAAGACGCUUCUAUCGUUUGAUGAGGAAGAGGAUGAAGACUGAAAAGUUACUUAAUAAGGGUUGUUGUGGUGGAAGACCAUUAUGAACAUCUCGUUUUAGGAUGAAACUUCCAAGAAGAAAAAAGCCGACAAAUUUGUUGGAUACGUUUGGAGCUUUGGUGGUAGCGGGAGUAAUUAGACAGAGUCUCAAUACUCAGUGGUAGAGCAUCGUAGAGCAGAAUCUGAAGGUCUAAGGUUCGAUACCUCAUGGGGACUCAUUUACAUUAUGGCUAAUGUAAAUGGAAAUCAAAAGAAGAAAAACCAUACGAAUAAUCCUUGAAAGAGUACUUGAUGCAAUGAAAACAAUCACCAUGCUAAAUGAAUUAGACAGAGUCUCAAGACUCAGUGGUAGAGCAUCGAAGAGCAGAAUCUGAAGGUCUAAGGUUCUAAGAUUCCUCAUGGGGACUCAAAAAUUUUUUCUUUACUCCACGCUCGUAACAAGACGCAAAACAUCUUUCUCUAUUUCCUUACCGCGCUUAAAACUCUUUCUUAUUCUAUUUACAACAGCUUUCCGUGUUACGAAAAGGCUGUCAGAGAGGUUAAACCUACGGCGAAUAAUAGUUAAUUAGUAUAAUUGCUCAGGUGCUUUCGAAAUUUCCUGUAAAUAAAAAGAGCAGAGACUGCGCAUCUCUUGUUACAAUUUUUUUUAGUACUCGUAUCAAGAUAAGAGCGCAGGUUUUUUAGGUCUACUGAAUACAAUCAGCCAAAAGUUCAAGUGUCCCGCCAAACCUACUGUUUUGAUUGUUUUCCUCGUUCUCUUUUUGUUCUGUAUCAUUGUAAUUUAUGUCAAGUGUGUCUUCUACGUCAAGUAAGAGCCCCAAUAAGGCAAAUCGAUCGUCAAAUACCAUUUCGAACCUAAAGCCUUAGGUUCGAAAGCCUGAUCAAGACACAAACAAGAUGGCAAUUUUGACUAUAUUAUCAUUUUCAUUCAUACAAGUGGUGACGACCUUAGCGCUAUAUCCUAGGGUGUACAGUUUCACUUUGCGUAAUAUAUUUUUUCUUCAUAACA